GGGUGGGGGUCCCGCGCCGGAAAUAGGGGCGACCGAGGGGCCGCGAGGCGGGGAGGAAACAGGGGGGCUGCGGUUCCGGGCGACACCGCCCCCGACGCGGCCGUGGAGGCGGGGCUCCCCCAGGUGGCGGGGCGGAGCAGGGCUCCCCCAGGUGGUGGGGGCGGGGCGCCGGGGAGACCCCGCCUCCCGCGCCCUCUCAGCAACCCGCACAGGGCGCACCCGGACGCUCCACCGCUCCCGCCGCAGUCGCCGGGCCAUGGGCCUCGAGCCCGCCCCGAACCCCCGCGAGCCCGCCUUGUCUGCGGCGUGACGGGAGGCCCAGUCUAGAGAUGCCUGGAGGCCCGGCCAUCCAUCCCUUCCCCAACCGCUGUCUUUGUCCCGGAGACCGCCAGUGUCCUCCGUCCCACCCGGAACAGCCUAUUGCCCCGCCCGCUUGGGAAGCACUCGCGCCCAAAUCCCGCCGACUAACUUCUGGGGCCGCUUCUCUGUCCACUCCGAUCACCUCCACGCCUCGGCACCGCCCCCUCGCAGGGUUCUAGCAAGUGACUUCACCCUUGUGUGCACACGCUCCCGGGUCUCUGCUCCCUACACUGACUCCGGCACCAAAGUGACCCUCCCUCAUCUCUUCCCGCAGCUCACACCCCUUUGUCUUUCCCUAACCCUCCUCUCCCCACAACCCAAACCGGGUCACACAUUGGCGGCAGGUGGGCUGGGAUUCGACCAUAGAUGGGUUUUGUUUCACUUCUGGUUCAAAAACCUAUUGACUUGGGUGAUGUCUUGCACACAGGUCUUAUUAGUAGGUAAGAAACAGCAGCUCCUCCACCCCCACCCCCAGCCCCAUGGAGCUUGCUUUUUCCAGGCCACCGUAGUCCUCACCACUGCCACUUUGCUUCGAGGCAUCUGAAUUCGAGACCCUUGUCCUUCCUGCGCUGACCCUCCUCUGCAGCUGCCGCCCCUCCCUGUGUCCUUCCAAGAAGUGCCACAUGCACUGAUCUCUUGUGUCCCCAGAUGGUCAUCAUGGGCCAGUGCUACUACAACGAGACCAUCGGCUUCUUCUAUAACAACAGUGGCAAAGAGCUCAGCUCCCACUGGCGGCCCAAGGAUGUGGUCGUGGUGGCACUGGGGCUGACCGUCAGCGUGCUGGUGCUGCUGACCAAUCUGCUGGUCAUAGCAGCCAUCGCCUCCAACCGCCGCUUCCACCAGCCCAUCUACUACCUGCUGGGCAACCUGGCCGCGGCUGACCUCUUCGCAGGCGUGGCCUACCUCUUCCUCAUGUUCCACACUGGUCCCCGCACAGCCCGACUUUCACUUGAGGGCUGGUUCCUGCGGCAGGGCUUGCUGGACACAAGCCUUACUGCGUCGGUGGCCACACUGCUGGCCAUCGCCGUGGAGCGGCACCGCAGUGUGAUGGCCGUGCAGCUGCACAGCCGCCUGCCCCGCGGCCGCGUGGUCAUGCUCAUUGUGGGCGUGUGGGUGGCUGCCCUGGGCCUGGGGCUGCUGCCUGCCCACUCCUGGCACUGCCUCUGUGCCCUGGACCGCUGCUCACGCAUGGCACCCCUGCUCAGCCGCUCCUAUUUGGCCGUCUGGGCUCUGUCGAGCCUGCUUGUCUUCCUGCUCAUGGUGGCUGUCUACACCCGCAUUUUCUUCUACGUGCGGCGGCGAGUGCAGCGCAUGGCAGAGCAUGUCAGCUGCCACCCCCGCUACCGAGAGACCACGCUCAGCCUGGUCAAGACUGUUGUCAUCAUCCUGGGGGCGUUUGUGGUCUGCUGGACACCAGGCCAGGUGGUACUGCUCCUGGAUGGUUUAGGCUGUGAGUCCUGCAAUGUCCUGGCUGUAGAAAAGUACUUCCUACUGUUGGCCGAGGCCAACUCACUGGUCAAUGCUGCUGUGUACUCUUGCCGAGAUGCUGAGAUGCGCCGCACCUUCCGCCGACUUCUCUGCUGCGCAUGCCUCCGCCAGUCCACCCGCGAGUCUGUCCACUAUACAUCCUCUGCCCAGGGAGGUGCCAGCACUCGCAUCAUGCUUCCCGAGAACGGCCACCCACUGAUGGACUCCACCCUUUAGCUACCUUGAACUUCAGCGGUAUGCGGCAAGCAACAAAUCCACAGCCCCUGAUGACUUGUGGGUGCUCCUGGCUCAACCCAACCAACAGGACUGACUGACUGGCAGGACAAGGUCUGGCACGGCACAGCACCACUGCCAGGCCUCCCCAGGCACACCACUCUUCCCAGGGAAUGGGGGCUUCGGGUCAUCUCCCACUGCCUGGGGGAGUCAGAUGGGGUGCAGGAAUCUGGCUCUUCAGCCAUCUCAGGUUUAGGGGAUUUGUAACAGACAUUUUUCUGUUUUCACUGCGUAUCCUUGGUAAGCCCUGUGGACUGGUUCCUGCUGUGUGAUGCUGAGGGUUUUAAGGUGGGGAGAGAUAAGGGCUCUCUUGGGCCAUGCUACCCGGUAUGACUGGGUAAUGAGGACAGACUGUGGACACCCCAUCUACCUGAGUCUGAUUCUUUAGCAGCAGAGACUGAGGGGUGCAGAGUGUGAGCUGGGAAAGGUUUGUGGCUCCUUGCAGCCUCCAGGGGCUGGCCUGUCCCCGAUAGAAUUGAAGCAGUCCACGGGGAGGGGAUGAUACAAGGAGUAAACCUUUCUUUUCACUCUGAGGUCUCCAAAACAUUUGUUGUUAUCAAUUCAGUGUUUCUGUCCCUGUGUCCUGGAAUUGUCUACCCUGGCCCAAGUCCAGAAAGGAUCUUUCAACAUGGUAUCUCCUUGGCCCUGUGCUCGCUCGCUCUUCUUCAGUCUGGCUGGCUGUUAUUCCAUCUCUUUUUUUUUUAGACAGAGUCUCACUUUGUAGCCCAGGCUGGAGAGCAGUAGCACAAUCUCAGCUCGCUGCAACCUCUACUUCCCAGGUUCCAGAUUCUUGUGCCUCAGGAGAAGCUGGGAUUACAGGCGCGUGCCACCACGUCCAGCUAAUCUCUGUAUUUUUAUUUUUAUUAUUUAUUUAUUUGUUUGUUUAUUUUUGAGAGGGAGUCUCUCUCUGUCACCCAGGCUGGAGUGCAGUGGCUUGAUCUCAGCUCACUGCAACUUCUGCCUCCUGGGUUCAAGCGAUUCUCCUGCCUCAGCUUCCCGAGUAGCUGGGUUAUAGGCAUCUGCCACUACACUCGGCUAAUUUUUGUAUUAUAGUAGAGAUGAGGUUUCACCAAUGUUGGCCAGGCUCGUCUCAAACUCCUGACCUUGAAUGAUCCACCCGCCUCAGCUUCCCAAAGUGCUGGGAUUACAGGUGUGAGCUACCGCGUGCCUGAAUAAUCUUUAUAUUUUUAGUAGAGAUGGGGUCCCACCAUGUUAGGCUGGUCUCGAACUCUUGACCUCAAGCGAUCCACCUACCCACCUUGGCCUCCCAAAGUGCUGGGAUUAUAGGCAUGAGCCACCACGCCUGGCCCCUCUCUCUUACUGGGGUCUUGCGUCUGUUUCUCUCUGCUUCUGUUCUUUGUUUCCCCCAUCUGUUGCUCUGCCUCCAUCUCACUGCCUGUCUCCCUGUCUUUCUCUGCAGCUCAGAGUAGUGUCUGGACCCUAUGAGCCCCCUCCCUCCCCACUGCCCUUUUGUUUGAGCCCUGAUGGUUCAAGGUCACGUGCCCAGCCGUUUCUAUCCCAUUCCCCACCACCUGUAUUCACACUUCCAGCCACAGGUUGUGGGGUUCAGGUAGUGGGAUGCAGGAUUUGAGUAUGACCAUUUCUCAAGCUCUUCUGAUGUGCCUGGCAUACUGGUAAACACUUUAGGUGCUUUUUUUUUAAAUUUUUUAUUUUUUUGAGAUGGAGUGUCACUCUGUCCUCCAGGCUGGAGUGUAGUGGUGCAAUCUCGGCUCGCUGCAACCUCCGCCCCCGGGUUUCAAGCGAUUCUCCUGCCUCAGCCUCCCAAGUAGCUAGGAUUACAGGCACCUGCCACCGUGCCCGGCUAAUUUUUGUAUUUUUGUUAGAGAUGGGGUUUCACCAUCUUGGCCAGGCUUAUCUUGAACUCCCAACCUUGUGAUCCACCCACCUCGGCCUCUCAAAGUGCUGGGAUUACAGGCAUGAGCCACUGUGCUGGGCUUUUUUUUUUGAGACGGAGUCUUGCUCUGUUUCCCAGGCUGGACUGCAAUGACGUGAUCUCAGCUCACUGCAACCUCUGCCUCCCAGGUUCAAGUGAUUCUCCUGCAUCAGCCUCCCGGGUAGCUGGGAUUACAGGGAUAUGCCACCACACCCAGCUAAAUUUUUUAUUUUUAGUAGAGAUGGGGUUUCACCAUGUUGGCCAGGCUGGUCUCGAACUCCUGACCUCAGGUGAGCCGCCCGUCUCAGCCUCAAAGUGCUGGGACUACAGGCGUGAGCCGCCAUGCCUGGCCUUUUUUUUUUUUUUUUUGAGACAGAGUCUCACAUGAUCUCAGCUCACUGCAACCUCCGCCCCCUCCAGGUUCAAGCGAUUCUUCUGCCUCAGCCUCCCAAGUAGUUGGGACUACAGGCAUGCACCACCAUGUCUGGCUAAUUUUUUGUAUUUUAAUAGAGAUGGGAUUUCACCAUAUUGGCCAGGCUGGUCUUGAACUCCUGACCUCAUGAUCCGCCUGCUUUGGCCUCCCAAAGUGCUGGGAUCAGUCUUACUGAUUUUUAUGUGAGAACACUGAUUCAGACAGGUUGUGAUCUGGCCCAUGGUAAACACAGCUUGGAGAUGGCACAUACAGGCCCCAAGGGACCAGAGAGGCCCCUAGGAAAGGGACUUCAGAUUCCCACGAAGCCCAGGGUUGGUCCCAAGCUCAGCUGGGCUUUCCCUACCUCACCCCACAGCACCCAACCCAUGAGUGCCAGAUCCAUGAUGAGCCCCCUCUGAGAUGCUCAGGGAGGCCCCCUCCAAGGCACAGUAUGUGCCAGGAUGUCAUUCUCUGCUCCCACCUCACCAGUGAGGAGGUGGGGUUAUGUCCCUACUUUUGAAUCCCAUGCUGAAUAACAGCUAGAAUUUGAACCCAGGUCACUCAGAGAUGUGAACCACCAUGCCCAGCCACCUGUGCCAAAUUCUUAAACCACUGAAAUAUGCAUUGUCAAAGAACCCAAAACUCCCAGGUCCUUCUAUAUUAAAUGGCCCUGGCCGAGCACCUUGAGUGCCAAGGCUGCCAACUAAUUUCUAUGCAGUAGAGACCCCUGAUGACCUCCAAAUGGCAACAGUGGGACAGGUGAGGUGGCUCAUACCUGUAAUCCCAGCACUUUGGGCGGCCGAGGCAGGCAGAUCACCUGAGGUCAGAAGUUUGAAACGAGCCUGGCCAACAUGGUGAAACCUCAUUUCUACUAAAAAUGCAAAAAUUAGCCGGGCGUGGUGGUGGGUGCCUGUAAGCUACUCAGGAGGAGGCUAAGGCAGGAGAAGCGCUUGAACCCAGGAGGUGGAGGUUGCAGUGAGCCAAGGUCACGCCACUACACUCCAGCCUGGGCAACAGAGUAAGAUUUCUGUCUAAAAAAAAAAAAAAAAAAAAAGGCAACUCUGUCUCAGGCGCUCUGAGCUGGCUGUUCACAUCAGCUCCUCCAGGUUUUAACCUGCACCCCGUGGGUCUCCUUCGAGACCAUUUCCUCUUGUCUAUCUCCCGUCUCCACCAAGUGGCUUCAAAUUUUUGUCUCUGCUGGUCCCUGAAGCUUUCAGUGCCCACCCCUCCAAGUUCUCUGAAGGAUACUACUUUGUUGGGGUUGGGGGCAGGUUUUGCUCUCUCACCCAGGCUGGAGUGCAGUGGCACAAACACAGCUCACUGUAGCCUCGACCUCCUGAGCCCAACUUAUCCUCCCGCCUCAGCCUCCCAAGUAGCUGGGACCAUGACCAGCUAAUUUAGCUAUUUUUUUAAUUUUUAUUUUUGUAGAGAUGGGGUCUCACUAUGUUCCCCAGACUGGUCUUGAACUCCUGGGCUCAAGUAAUCUCCCACCUCAGACUCCCAAAGUGUUGGGAUCACAGGUGUCAGCCACUGCACCCAGCCUGAAGGCCACUACUGUUCAGGCCUCCUGGGCAGUGCUGUGCUUGUGGGUGACCUUUUGAACAGGCACUGGUCUCCGUGGCUCCCAUGCAAUCUAUUACUUUCUGUCAUUGGAGCCAAGUGUCGGUUUCCUUCAUCAGAGAGCUUUCCCUGUUGUCCAGACACUCGGUCAAUGUCUUUCAUUUUCACUCCCUGCCGUCCCCUUUGGAGUCUCCCGACGCUCUCCAAUCCAGCCAUACCAGAUGGUGUUUGAAUUUCCUCCCCAGCAGCAAUGGAGAGAACAUGGGCCCCACCCUGGAAGGGCUCCCAGCCAGCAGGCUGAGGACAUUUUACUGAGCCCACAUCUGGAGACUGUCCUCAUAGCAAAUAGGCUCCAGGAGGUUCUGUGACUAUGGAGAAGAGAUUCAUGUCCAGUCCAUUACUUUUUUUUUUUUUUUGAGACCUAGUCUCCGUCAACCAGGCUGCAGUGCAGUGGUGCAAUCAUGGCUCACUGCAGCCUCAGAUUCCCGGGCCCAAGUGAUCCUCCCACUUCAGCCUCUCAAGUCCCAAAGAGCUGGGACCACAGGCGUGCACCACCACGGGGUCUCACUAUGUUGCCCAAGCUGGUCUCAAACUCCCGUGCUCAAGUGAUCCUCCCGCCUCUGCCGCCCAAAGUGCUAGGAUUACAGGCAUGAGCCACCGCCCAGUUCCUUUUCUUGUGCACUAGGAGCCUUCGAUGCUGUGUCCUAAGGGCUAGAAACAAAGAUGUGAGGAUUCGCUCUGAUUUGGGGUACACUGCAGGGGAGUCUCUCAGUAAACAUCCUUCGUUCAUUCGGUAACCACGUGGUAGCAUUUUCUAUGCCCAGAACUGUAAUCUGCGAAGAUGAAUAAACAAGCGAGGUCACUCUU